GUGCUUUUGAGGGCAGCUACUGCCACGGCCCAAGCGACUCGUCGCGAGAUCUUCGUUGAAAAGUGCGCUGAAACUGGACAUCGGAGAUGGUUCCUAACAAUGAAGUGAACAACUGGUUCGGUGGAUGGACCAACUGAUCGUUCCUGCAGUGAUGUGAAAAUUAUAUUCUUAAAAAUUGCUGUGGUUCUAGAGUGUGUUUAUUUUAACGAGUGAAUAUUGAUGUGUGACACGUCUCAAAAGUUUAAAAAUCAACGUAUAUUCUUCAGAAACAUUUAAAA